AUGCCUCAGCUCCUGAGAAAUGUCCUCUGUGUAAUUGAGACAUUCCACAAAUAUGCCAGUGAGGACAGUAACGGGGCACUGACCAGCAGAGAGCUGAAACAAUUCCUCCAGAGAGAGUUUGGGGACUUUUUUCAGCCAUGUGUCCUUCAUGCUGUGGAAAAAAAUUCGAAUCUUCUGAAUAUUAACAGUAAUGGCAUCAUCAGUUUUGAUGAAUUUGUUCUUGCAAUCUUCAACUUGUUGAACCUCUGUUGUCAUGACGUACAAUCAUUACUAAGUUCUGAACUAAGACAGGUGACUAAACCAGAGAAGGAGAAGCCAGAUGAUGUGGAUCUUCAGGCAACCACCAGAGAUGGUCAGUGGACAGCGGGAACUUCACCAACUCAAGAAGAGAGGAUGCUUCCUUCAGGAAUGGCAUCAUCAUCUCAGCUCAUCCCUGAAGAAAGUGGAGCAGUUGGAAAUAACAGAGUGGACCCAUGGAGAGAAGCCAAGACUCACAACUUUCUAGGAGAAGCAUCUGAACACAAUGACCCUAAGAACCAACACCUGGAAGGAGAUGAACAAAGUCAGGAAGUGGCCCAAGAUAUACAAACAACAGAAGACAAUGAAGGCCAACUUAAGACAAAUAAGCCAACGGCAGGAUCAAAACAGACCAGCAGUCCCACAAAGAGGAAGGGACAAGAUAAGGAGAUCUCCCGGGAGGGAGAUGAACCAGCCAGAGAGCAAAGUGUUUCCAAAAUAAGAGACCAGUUUGGAGAACAGGAAGGAAACUUGGGAACCCAAAGUUCACCAUCAAAAGAAGCAACACAAAGACCAUCUGAAGAUCAGGAAGUUAGAACAGAAAAGGAAAAACACUCUAAUACACAAGAACCACCCCUGCAAGGAGAAGGUGAGCCCAGUUCAGAGCAUGCUGACCUGCCAGAACAAGCUGCUGCCAGGACACCAUCUCAGACACAGAAAUCAACUGAUCCCAAAGAUGUCUGUAGAACGUUUGACACUCAAGAACCAAGAAAGGAUGCUGACCAGACACCAGCUGAGACAAAGAAUUUGGGUGAACCUGAGGAUUAUGGCAGAACAUCUGAGACCCAAGAAAAAGAAUGUGAAACAAAGGGCCUGCCAGUCCAAUAUGGUAGCAGAAAUGGUUCAGAAACAUCUGACAUGAGAGAUGAAAGGAAAGAGAGGAGAGGUCCUGAGGCCCAUGGGACAGCAGGGCAGAAAGAACGUGACAGAAAAACUCGGCCACUAGUCCUGGAAACCCAAACACAGGAUGGGAAGUAUCAGGAACUCCAAGGAUUAUCAAAAUCAAAAGAUGCUGAAAAAGGUUCUGAGACACAAUAUCUAAGCUCAGAAGGAGGAGAUCAGACUCAUCCUGAACUUGAAGGAACAGCAGUCUCAGGAGAAGAGGCAGAACACACCAAAGAAGGCACAGCAGAAGCAUUUGUAAACAGCAAAAAUGCACCUGCAGCAGAAAGGACAGUGGGGGCAAGAGAAAGAACACAAGAUUUAGCACCACUUGAGAAGCAGUCUGCAGGAGAAAAUACUAGGGUCACCAAGACUCAUGACAAACCAGUUGAGGAGGAGGAUAGUUAACAGGGGGAGGACCCUGAGUCACCAUUCACACAGAGUGAUGAGGGGUCUUCUGAAAUUCCCAACAGCCUGGCUUCAGAGGAAGGCAACAGCAGCUCAGAGACAGGUGAACUGCCUGUGCAAGGGGACUCCCAGAGUCAAGGGGACCCACGUGGAGAGUCUGCACAAGGAGGUGACAAUAAUAACCCAGAUACCCAGAGGCAGGGAACACCUGGUGAGAAAAACAGAGCUCUGGAGGCAGUGGUGCCAGCAGUCAGAGGAGAGGAUGUACAGCUCACAUAGGACCAGGAACAGUCUGCCAGAGGAGAACGCAAGAAUCAAGGCCCAGCCAAAGGCCCAGAUGCAGCUGUGGAGCCCAAUGGACACCCAGAAGCACAGGAAUCAACAGCAGGAGAUGAAAAUAGAAAGUCCCUGGAAAUAGAGCUCACAGGUGCCCUGGAUGAAGACUUCACUGACCAGCUUUCCCUAAUGCAGCUCCCUGGAAAGGGAGAUAGCAGAAAUGAAUUAAAGGUCCAAGGCCCAAGUAGCAAAGAAGAGAAAGGAAGAGCAACAGAGGCCCAGAAUACUCUGUUAAAAAGUCUAGAUGAGGACAAUUCAGCCUCCCUCAAGAUACAACUUGAAACAAAGAAACCUGUAACACCGGAGGAGGAAGAUGAAAGUCCCCAAGAGCUGACAGGAGAAGGUGGUGACCAAAAAAGUCCAGCCAAGAAAGAACACAAUUCUUCAAUCCCCUGGCCAAGUCUUGAAAAGCAGAUGCAGAGAAACCAAGAGCCCUGUUCUGUGGAGAGAGGUGCAGUCCAUUCCAAUCCACUAUACCAGUACCUACAGGAGAAGAUGCUGCAGCAAACGAAUGUAACCCAAGAGGAGCACCAAAAGCAAAUUCAGAAAGCCCAGGCAUCAGGCCCAGAGCUUUGCAGUGUAUCCCUCACCAGUGAGAUCUCAAAUUGUUCUGUCUUUUUCAACUAUAGCCAAGCAUCACAACCAUAUACCAGGGGACUUCCACUUGAUGAGAGUCCUGCUGGUGCACAGGAAACACCAGCUCCCCAGGCCUUGGAAGAUAAGCAGGGUCACUCUCAGAGGGAGAGGCUGGUACCACAAAGGGAGGCAAGCACCACAAAGCAAUGA